AUUGAUCCAAUGGUCUGCGACAUUUCGGCUCUUUCAUAAUGGGCAGUGUCUCAUGCCCCCUUCACGAUGAAUACCCCACCUCCUCGUCGACCUGGUCGCCAGAAACGACCGCGAGUUCCUGAUGCGCUCCGCAAGAGAGCCGCCCGCGCAUGCCUGCCUUGUCGCCAACACAAGGAAAAAUGUACUUUCACCGUCACACUCUGUUGCACCCGCGUUUCCUCCACGUCCUUCGACUGAUCAAGGGCUCGCUUUAGGCCAUGGUGGCGGCCCGCCCUGCGCUCGCUGCCAGCAACACAACCGCACCUGUCACUUCGAAGAUGCUCGACCAAAGCCGUCGGCUAUGCUUGCAGCGCCGUCACAACGUGAAAUUCAAAUGGAACGCAUUAUACGUCACUUCCUGGGCGAUGACAUCUCGCUCGACCCUGCUCGGCUAGAGGAGACUGCCGACUUGCUGGAAAACGGCCGGUAUCGCGGGACUCUUCCAGAGACGCGAGGAAAGGGGGAUGAGGACCAGACAUCGGAGAGCUAUUCGCUGGAGCCAUUGUCAACCAACACCAUGCACUAUUCAGGUGAACUGUCACAUUGGAAUUUCUCCAAGAUGAUCCGUCGACGUCUACAGAGCUUGGGUACUCCUAAAGGACAGAAUGAUGGGUUAAAUCCCUCGGAUGGAUUCUUUCGCGCUACCGGCCUCCAGUCGGCCAGUUCGUGUGUCGCCUCCGCUAUAGAAUACUUCCCACCUCGUCCUGUUGCUGAAUUCCUCACCAACACAUUUCUCGAGUAUGCACAGACAAACUACUUCUAUUUCCCCGAAAUUGUCUUUCGGGAAAAGAUGGACUACUAUUACUCUGUCGACCGACCACUGGUGAUCGAUGAUGCGGGUUGGAUCUGCACACUGUUGAUGACCUUUGCCAUUGGCACUCAAUUUGCAUAUAUGCAAACUUCCUCGACUGAGAAGCCUCCUUUUUCGGAAGACAUUCCUGAUGAUCGCAUUGGAAUGGAUCUAUAUCGGUUCUCGUGUCGCUUGAUCCCUGACCUCAUCACCACCGCCUCGCUUGAGACUGUGCAGGCCUUUUUAUUAUUGGGCGUGUAUACGUUGCCAAUUGAUACCGCGGGGUUGGCCUAUACGUACUACGGCCUGGCAAUUAAAAUGGCCAUCCAAAAUGGAAUGCACCGAAAGCAUAUUUCACCAACGAUUCCACAAGUGAUAGUGGAAUGGCGGAACCGUUUGUGGUGGACAGCGUACUCCCUUGAAAGCCGCAUCAGCAUUCUUCAUGGACGUCCUGUAUCUGUUUCUCCCUCAGAAACAGACGCCGAUAUGCCCGCCGACCUGGCUGAGCUACGCCCGCCAAGCGGUAUCUCGAAUUUACCAAAUGUUACGGCAGCCAUCCUCUUGACCAAAAAGCUUGAGAAAGUGGCACAGGUCAUCCUCCGACUGCGACGAUGUCCACGUAGUCAUCAAGACACCUAUCUUCACCAAUUAUACAACCUGAGGGCGGACCUGAGCAAGUGGUGGGAUUCACUUCCAAAUACGGUGCACUGCCGCGACCUAGACCCUGCCGGGCCCUUAUUUCGAUGCAAUGUGCAUCUUGAACUACAUUACGCUACUGCAUUAAUAUACAUGGGCCGACCUUUUAUCUUCCUACAAAAGGCUGUGGGUAGUGUUGGGUACGGAUCAGAAACGGAGGGUAGUCGCGCAGAGUCAAUCGAGAAGUUCUCCCGAAACUGCACACAAGCAGCCAUAAGAAUCAUUGACCUCUGUCAGCUGCUGCAUGACUCGGUCGGACUUGCACGCGUGUCAUACACAGAGUUCAGCUCUUGCCGUACCGCUCUGCUGGCUUUGAUUGCGCAGCUCCUGACCGGGUCGUCGGAACCGAUAGGUGGCGCUCUAACGCGAGGCAUGGGCCUGAUCCGCCAGAUCUGUGUAGGACUGGAGUCGGCUCGGUCGGAGGUUGCAGUAAUCGAAGCGCUUGAGCGUGCUCGACAGCAGCUGGAUCACGGCGAACGAAGCCCCUUGGAAGAAGCGCCUGAGACAGGUUAUGAUCAAUUCCAAAAAUGGGCCAAGCUGUGGCGCCUGGGUCCUCUGAGCUCCGAAGCUUUUCCCUCUCCGGGAGGGGUUGAGUCCCCGAAUAAUCCAGGGAGUAUUCCUUCAUUCGACGGGUUUUUCUCAUCGUUCCCCCAGGAGCUUGAUGCCUUUGCGGCGAUUCCUGGCUCCGAGGAUACUGCAGCGCCACCCAGCAUAUGGCCAGUAUCGGAUGCAUUCCUCUCAAUUCCUGACAACACGGGCGCUGAAUGGGGGCUUGGUGGGCCUUUAUGAAGGUCGAAUGAGUGCCAGGUUGUAUAUUACCAUAUUACUAUCUUGAAUGGGCAUUUAUCAUACGGCCCCUACCACUACGGAUGUUGGAAAGUAACAGCUUCUAUUAGUAG